AUGGAACCUGUUGGGAAAACAGGAGGAGCCAUCAUAGGACCUUUUCUUAAAUCUAGUACAGGGAAUAGUUAUUUGUUAGUUGUAACAGAUUAUUUCAGUGGAGGGUGGCAAGUAUUAGAAGGUGCUAGAGAAGGACAAACUCAAGUGGAUAUUCCUCAUAAUGAAAAUACUGCUUAUUGGUGCCAUCCGGUUGACAUUCAUUUAACAACUAGAGGUCUUCAGGGAUGGCCAAAAUUCAACUUUCAGGUGUGGCAUCAGGAUAGGCAUAGUCGUUGUGAACUUUGGGGAUAUGGCCUGUGUCAUAUUCCUACUUCUCCUGGUUUUUAUCAGCUUGAGUGUGUGACCUGGCGACCUCUGGGUACCCUUCAAGAAGAAAUUUCCCGGUAUUUUCUUGGUGGUGGAAUGCAGUUGUGUAUUCCAGAUACUGUUUACACAGGUCUUGACAGAUAUCGCUUUCAAACAGUUGCCAUGGGCAAGGUACACCUAGAAAUUUCGGUUGUUUUUCGUAACUUUGAAAGCUUUGGCGUUGAAUAUUGACAAGAGUUUGCUAUUAAAGAAGAUAUUGUGAAAAGAUAACAGGUAAAUUUUAAUAGUGUUUCUAUAAUGUAUAGAAAUAAAGUAUUAUCACUUUAUAUAAAGCUUAUUGUAUUUGUAUUUUUGGUACAAAUCAUUUGAAGUUUCCCACACAUCAGAGGUAUUUUUUACAUAAGUAUGUGCUACAACAGAAAAACAUAUACUUAAAACAGAAGAGUGGUUAGAAACAUUCCUUGAAAUUUUCUGUAUGUUCUGAAGAUAGCAAGAAAAUAUUUCUUAAAAAUUUGAUAACUAUUAGUGAGGAACAAUAAAGUACAUAUUAAAUAGAAUUCUUAAAGAGUUUUUGUAGUUCCUAAGAUAACUUAAACAUGUACUGCCUGGAAAUAAACUCCUAAAAUUCA